AUGCAAACCCACAUACCUCUCCAAACUGAUCGUGACAAGACAUCUUCCUCUGGAAACACUAGUCGGGAGGUCCAACAUGUGUUCUUUCUGAAAGUCCACAAGGCUGCCAGCUCAACGAUACUGAACAUCAUCUACAGAUUCGGCUACACCAGAUCAAAGAACUUCGCUCUACCCCGAAAAAGAAAUUACAUAGACCUGGUCGACCGCGGUAACGUCAUACCUAUCCCACCAAAUAAUUCUUAUGAUAUUCUAUGCAAUCAUCUCCAGGUGUUCUCUUAUCCCAAGGUAGCCAGGAUAAUGCCACAAGACACUGUGUAUAUUGCCAUCGUCAGAGAACCUUUUGAAAGACUUCAUUCAUCGUUUGAAUACUACCGUAAUGAACUCCAUCGUGGAUAUCUUAUGAAAGCUACAGGAACUGACCCUUUCAGGCGGUACAUCCAAAAUCCAAUGUCCUUUGAACCUCUCAAUCCUAUCGAUUCCUUCACUAACAAUCGAAUGGCUUUAGAUUUCGGCUAUCCGUCAGGUAAUAUCAACGGCGCAAAAAAUGUACAGAAGUUUCUUGACCAUGUUGAUUCAAUAUUCGACUUGGUGUUAGUCAGUGAUGUUUUUGAUGAAUCUAUAAUCCUCCUACGACGCAGAAUGAAAUGGACCAUGAAAGACGUAUUGUACAUUCCUAAAAAUGUACGCGUGUCACCAUUAAACAUUUCGUUCCAGGAUUAUAACAGAAGCGUUGUUGAUUCUAACAUUCUCAGACUCGACAUAAUCCUGUACGACCAUUUCCUAGGAAAGUUGAAAAGGGAGAUCUCAAAAGCGGGAGAAACGUUUGUGGAGGAAGUGGCUUAUUUUCAAACAGUCCGUCACCGCACACAGAAGUACUGCUCGAAAACUGCACCUCCAAUGAACCUCAAGUUCCCAGCAUGUAAAUGGCACGGCCGCUUUGAAGUCUCCAGUAAGGACUGUUGGCUCCUUGUUCAAGAAGAAACUCCUUUUUUAGAAUUAUUACGAAAUGUGCAAAAAGAUAGAUUAGGAUUGCCUUCCCAGGAGCUGCCUAAACUAUAUGAUGCUAAAAAGAUGAGGCUGUUUGGAAAAAGAGGAUAG